AGCGGAACACCGCGUUUGAGCAGCUAUAAUUUGCAGCUGGAAUUUGAGUUGCUGAACCUAUUGUAGAAGUAGCUUCAUCUCCAUUCUAAUCUUUUCCCAGGCGCAACGACUAUAUUUCAGAGAAGAAAAUGAAGACGAGGAUGGGAGACGCACGAGAGCAUUGUGAUUGUUUAAACAGACCAUACAAUCGUUCCCGAAUGGAGAAGACCAUGAAGGGACCCGAUACUUGUCUUCAAAAUCCAGCGGAUUUCAUCAGAAUGAUCAGUGAGACGCGAACCAGAGAACACAUGUUGGAACUACUUGGAAGUAAAGUUCCGGAGCAGUGCUUAGAAGAAUCGGCUGAGAUGCACAUGAACCCAAAUCGUGUUAUCUCUAAAAGAUGGAAGAAAGGGGAGACUGCGCAGAACGUGAAAGACGUGUUCGAGCUGGCCAGCGAGCUGUUCAAGGUAUCGCCGGGCUCGGUAUCGUGGGACACAGGGAAACUGAAGGAAUUCCAGGAGCUCUUGCACACCCAGGCAGCUGAGUUCGCUAAAUGCGCCCCCAAACUCAAGAUGAACAACGCAGCCUGGCGAACAAAAACCAGGGUGUACUUCGAGAAGCUGAAGAAGGCCGUGGGAAGUGAGAACAACCUGUGUGCGUGGGAGGCGGCGAGGAGUCAGAUGAGAACGAUUCUCCUGCGGGUUUUUCAUCUGAAGCUCCGCCGCUGAAGGCGAGACUGCACUUCCCGAAUAAGCUAUCGCCCCCGAGAAGCCGGUCAACUAUAGCUAAUUAAGCUAUUUAUAUACUGUAUACCUCUAUAAACACCGUUUGUACCGUUAGACGAAGAAGAAGGGUGUUAUUUAUUUCUUUAUUUAUUUUAAAUCUAUUUAUAUAUUUAUGUUUACUGUUUAAGAAAAAAAAUAUAUACAAACCUUUUUUAAAAAAAAAAACUUCCUAGAUUUUUGGGAUUUUACAAAUACUGGAGGAAUGCAUGUUUUGUAACCAGAAAGUAUGG